AAAACCCCGCUUGAUGGUGAGAGAUCUUUAGCUUUAGUAACCGGAACGAUUACAAAGUCAAAAAAAGUCGGCCCAUUUAAACAAAACAGCAUUCAAACGGCCCAUUCGCUGAAUUUACCUUGUCCGAGUUCAUCUCUUCGUCAAAAGAAGUACAGAUACGAGCUGUGACUUUCCAACCAUGAAGUUUGUCACACUCUUCCUGGUGUUGUCGCUGGUGGUGCUCAUGGCCGAGCCCGGUGAGUGUUUCUGGAAACAUAUGUGGAGAGGUGCUAAGGCGAUUUACCAAGGGGCCAAGGCGGGAUAUAGAGCUCACAAAGCCCUAAUCCGUGAGGAAGCAAGGAUUGCCAUGGAGAACAGUCACAUGGACCAUUACCCGCGAGAGAAGGAGCAAUACCUCAUCGUCGACAAAUAAACACGACGCGCAAACAGAAUACGAGCAUACAAGCUUGCUAGCUAAUAAAUUUGCGCACUUCUUCAACACCUUUUGCCUUGAUGCUCAUUGCCGCCUGCUAAAUAAAGCAAAUCUGAAAACGA